GACGCGGAAUAGCUUAAUUUUAGAACUUGACAAUCAGCUCAGUGCUAAGCUAUUAGCUGACUAAUAGAGCGACUUGUUGUCUGUUUCCUUGGGGGAGGUAUCUGGCUCUCGGUACCGUUAGUUAGCGAGUGGGUGUGUCGGUGUGGUCCAGUGGGACGCUAUCUAGCGGCCGCUGGUAUGCGUAGAGGAAAGAGGAAAAGUUGAUGAGGAGUUGAGUUUGAAAGCGGCGCCUCGGUGCUGAAGAACCGAGCAGAAAUGGCGGUUUGGACCAGAGCGGACAAGCACGGCGAACUGGACCUUCUACUGCGCGACCGCUGGGUCCGAGUGGCCGCCGAACUCACACGAGAAACGCUGACUUUAACGGCCGAAGUCGAGAUAGGCAGGCAGGGGAGUCACCACCCGGAGCACAGCAGCCCCCUGACGGGCCUGAGAAACGGAAUGUCGAAUGGAGACGAACCAGGUUCAAGUCCGUCUUCGGGUCCGGAACACUUCCAGAACCACGGCAGCCCGGGUCACGUUGGGGUCAGUCGCGGUUUAGGCAGCCCGGGGAAGCACCCAAAUAGCGGCGCCAACUCGGAUUUAGGAAGUCCCGGCUCAAGUUUUGCGCCCAGGCAAGUCGAAGUGAGUCCGGGUGUGUGCGCGGAGGCUGUGCGCAAAGUCCGGGUUGUCAAGCAGGAGUCUGGCGGGCUGGGAAUCAGCAUCAAAGGCGGACGUGAGAACCGGAUGCCCAUCCUUAUCUCCAAGAUCUUCCCGGGACUCUCCGCCGACCAGAGCCGCGCUCUGCGGGUGGGGGACGCCAUCCUGUCGGUGAACGGGAACGACCUCCGGGAGGCGACGCACGACUUGGCGGUGCAGGCGCUGAAGAAGGCCGGAAAAGAAGUGACGCUGGAGGUGAAGUACAUCCGCGAGGUUUCUCCAUUGUUUAAAAAGCCAUCCCUCGUGGCCGACCUGCCGUGGGAUGGCGGUCGGAUACAGACGCCCAGCUACAGCAGCAGCGAAGAUUCUGGUUCUCCUCAGCACAGCAGCUCCAAAGACAGGAAGGUCAUCAGCCUGAAGAUGUGCUUCAUUAGCAGGAACCUUACCAUGCCAGACUUGGAGAACAGAUUAUUGGAGCUGUAUUCGCCAGAUGGUCAGCACACGGUUGUACUUCGUUGUAAAGAUUGCCCUUCUGCCAACUCCUGGUUCACUGCCAUCCACACCAACAUUGCUGCCCUGCUGCCACAGACCCUGAGUCACAUCAAUGCUUACCUGGGGGUCUCGGCCUCCACAACCAUGCAGCCUCACCUCAAGCACAUUGGGUGGAUGGCUAAACAGGUCCAGCUGGAAGGUGGACGGCAGCAGUACAGGCCUGUGGUCAUGGCGCUUACAGAAAAGGACAUUUUGCUCUUUGAGUCUGUGCCGUGGCGUAGAGAGUCAUGGUCCAUGCCUCUCCUCACGCAUCCUCUACUCGCCACAAGAUUGGUCCACUCUGGCAGUGCCCGUGGUUCUCCUUCCCAGGGUUCAGAGCUGGUGUUUGCCACCCGGACGGGCACAGGGCGUGGCAUCGAGUCCCACGUUUUCCGGGUGGAGACCCACUGGGAUCUGUCUUCAUGGACCAGAGCCCUGGUACAAGGAGCACAUGCUGCUGCAGAACUCAUCAAAGAAGUUUCUAUCGGCUGCACAUUGAACAGACAGGAUGUUCGUCUGACUCUGCACUACGAAAAAGGCUUCACUGUGACGCGGGAGUCUAACGACGCAGCCGGCGAAGCGGCACUCUUCCGAUACCCCUAUGAAAAACUCAAAAUGUCUGCUGACGAUGGAAUACGCAACCUUUACCUUGACUUUGGGGGUCCAGAGGGAGAAAUGGUGUUUGAUCUCCACUCGGGUCCAAAGCCAGUCGUGUUCGUCCUUCACGCCUUCCUCUCAGCAAAACUCACCCGCAUGGGCCUGCUCACAUGAAGCACUUAUGCACACAGGGAGUACUCAUGCUCGCGUGAACUACAGUAUUUAAAAUGAGCAUGAAGUAUUCAUGCUCAAAUGAAAUACUCGUGCUCGAGUACUGAUCAGCAGAAAGACCAUUAUGCUGCUCAGAGAGUUUAUAUUGUUGCUGUUAUCUCCUCCCUCCUCUCUGUGAUAGUUUUAAACAUGUGCCUUAUAUGUCAAGGUUUGCUUUCUUGCUUCAUUGCUGCAAGUUCUCAGGUUUUUAGCAGUUUAGACGCUAUCAACAUUCCACGUGAGCCGAAUGAUACUGACUAGUGUUUGAGUCAAAUGAAAAAUCAGUAUUUUAGACUAUCAAUAGACAUUAAAAGUCUGAUUAUGUUCAUGUAGGCCGGACAUUCCGGAACGGUCUUCCAGUGCACAACUUAAAACAUCUGAAAAUUACCAAAAUAAACGUCUUUCAGAGACUUUGGCUGUGUCUCAAAUGGAGUACAGGAGGUCCUCAUUGUUCCCUUUAGACCGAGUAGCAAAUAAACCUACUUUAUUUGAAUAAUAAACUCCUGAUUAUACUGUCUGCAUGAAGGCAUUACCCCGUUUGCAAUAAAAGUAAGUAUUGUAAUUCUUGUAUUAGAUUCAGCGCCAAUAAAUCCCUCCUGUUUCUCCCGAAGUGCUUAUUGUCCACUUGUGACGAAAGAAGCUAACAAGCUAAAAGCAUAGAAUCCAGCUUUAAUCACUGAACAAUGGUCAUGAAACAUGACGGGACAAACUAAACAGAUGGAAUCAGAGUCAUGGUCAAACAACCGCGCUUCCGUUCGUCUGAGUAGUCCUGCUAACUGUCAGAGAAGACACUCCUCCACCACUUGCUUGUUGUUAUUCCAAUUACAAUUUAUGAUCAUAAUUCAAAAUGUCUUCACCUUGAUAAAAGUUGAGAGUAACGCCAUCACAUUGAUACGUCAUACGUCGUAUGUUGUGUUACUAUAAUAUUUAUCACAUAUUUAUUCAUUAUUACCCAGUCAGAUUGAAUGAAAUGUUAUCUGCGGGAUUAUUUUCCUAUUUCUUGGUCAGAAUAAAUACUUAUAUUAAGGCCAUCAAAUUUAAUGGAUUAACUCAUGUGAUUUUUCACAAAAAAUGAUUAAUGAAAUGAUUAUCAUACAGCACACAAUGAAGCAAAGAUGAUGAUGUUAUUAUUUUUUUUUGUUUGUUAAUCAGUCCACCAAAUUAAUACACAAUAAUACUAUUAAAAUUCCAAAACCGAACCCAGCUAAGCAACAUUCAGAUUAGCAAUCAAGAGAACAAUUGAGGACACACAAACAUUACACAAAACAAUCCAAAAGUAGUCAAACAAAAAUGAAUAAUAUUAACAACAUUAUCAAUAUUAAUAAGAAUUCCAACAUGACAGUGAUUAGAAAUCCCUAAUUUACAUUAUCAUCACAGCCAUUUAUAAAAAAUAAAAUAAAAACAUUAAAAAAAAUUAACCCUAGUGGCCUACACUUGCAUCACAUCUCAUAAUCUUAACCACACAUUGUUGUUAUUGAUCGUGUGCUAACUGUUUAAUAAUUUAACUUAGAAAUAAACCUGACUGCUUUAGAUACAACUAUUAACAUGAUUUGGACAAAAAAAAUUAUGUUAAUUAAGUAAAACAUUUUUAGAAAAUGUUAAAUUUUGACACUAAAACUUUGGGGUGUAACGGUACUCAAACAUUUCGGUUCGGUACGUACAUCGGUUUAGAGGUCACGGUUCGGUUCAUUUUCGGUACAGUAAGAAAUCAACAAAAUAUAAAUUUUUUGGUUAUUUAUUUACCAAAUUUGUAAACAAUGGCUUUAUCCUUUUAACAUUGGGAACACUAUAAUAAUUAUGCCCACGUUAAUCCACAUUAAACUGCCUCAAGUUGUUGCUUUAAUUAAAUAAAAUGAAAAAACCUUUCUUUUACAUAUAAAAAGUUUAACAGUAAACAGUUUCCAUUGAAACUGUUUGUCAACUCGUCAUGCUUAAUUUAUUACAGCAUUUGGGAAGCCUGUUGUUGACUUUUAUCAUGUAAAUGUUGUAUUUUUAUCAACAUGUGAUAGCAGGGACCCUGCUAUUCAAAACUUGGCUGCGACAUUACUAAUGAUUCAUGUAACCAUAGCUGAAAAAUAGUACAAUUGCAAUAGGAGAAACUAUUCAUCCCUAAACACAAUGAAGUUCAAUGAAAUAACAGACAGGGCUUUGCUGCCCCUAAAACACGCACAUGCACGCACACACACACACACAGAAAAAUGAGCUAACGUUACGCUAAAAGCUAAUUAGCCUUCAUCUCAACCCUAUACUGUGAGCGAGCUGAGCUGCAGUUUAAGUUUCUAGAAGGUCAACGGGCUCAUAGUGAUGUUUGUAAUAGUUGUGACUGGGAAGUGUUAAGUAUAAUUUGUGUAGAGUCCGCUCCUCCCCUGCUAGAUGAAUAUCUGCUCGACGCUAAAGCAUAGACUACAUCGUUCUGAAGUCUGAAUACGCACUGCUGAAUGGCUGUUACAUCGCUCUGAAUACGCACUGCUGAUUGGCCUUGCAUGUAACCAAUCAGAUGGUUGUGUGGGCAGGACUAUGAGGCAGAAAGCAGAGCAGCUUGUGAAGACUUCUGCUUCCGAAAUUGUUCGGUACGCCCGCGUGCCGAACCGAAACCCCCGUACCGAAACGGUUCGAUACAAAUAGACGUACCGUUACACCCCUACUAAAACUACAUUUGUUUCAAAAUAUUGAGCUUUUCAAAUUAAUAAAAAUAUGCAAGCAAGGGAUUUACUGCAAUUAUUCGCGAUUAAUCACUUAAAAAUUGUUUUAUUAUUUUGAUUGCAGUAGUUUUUUCCUCCCAAAAAUCCUGAACGAUAACACUUCAAUAACUAUAAUGUGUGUACUUAGUUCCGUUUGACAUUGCACUGUAAACUAACCAAAAUGAUGAAUGUAAUAUUUUUCCUUUUUAAUGCGAAUUGCAACCACUCUACAUCAUCCCUCCUCUUUUUCAACAUAGCCAAAAUAGCGACUAUUAAGGGUGAUGAGUGCCCAUUACCGCACACUCAGCAACAAUCAAUUACUGACAGUGUACUUCUCGGUGUAAACACACUUACAGUAUGCACCCGAAAGACUACAGUGGAGUCCACAUAAAUACUUUGUAAAUCUUAAAAUAUUUUAUGUAAUACAGACCACAAAUAAAGAUAAGAAUAUUUUUGUCUAUGUGGAGUUACGAUAUUAUCAACACAGCCAAACCAUCUAGAUCAGGGGUGUCAAACUCGUUUUAAUUGAGGGCCAUAAUCGCAGUUAUGUUUGCCCUCAAAGGGCCACUUCUAACAGUGAAUGAUAUUAUUACGCAAUUGAUUGUGCAUUUGAUGAUUUGUUUCUUUAUGUACAAUGUAAAAUACAAUUUUAGAUUUUACAGUAAAGAACUAACAGGUCAGUCGCAAAGAAUUUAACGUUAAAUUGACAGCAUGUUACUGUAAAUGAAACAAAAACUGUAUCACUGUUUUUUCACGGUACAAAACUGGCAGUUUACAGUGUUUUUUACUGUAAAUAUAAAAGCAUUUUCCAGUAAAAUGCUGGCAACUUGGCUGCCGGAUUUUACCUUAAAAACAACAACUGUAGAUUUAACCGUGUACUAUUGUGUAUAGCAAAACAGUACCACUGUUUUUUUAUUGUAAAAAAAACAAAAAACUGGCAGCUCAGUGGCCAGCAUUUUAUGGUCAAAAAACAGUGGUACUUUUUUUUCAUGUACAGAAAAAUGCUGUAAAACCACAGCCAAUUUCAUAAAGUUGCUUUAAAAUCUAUUUAUAAAAUUUGACAGUCUUAUGAAUAACUUGCUUUGAAAUCAUAACUCAAGCAGAUAAAAAAAAUGUAUUUAUUUCUAGUUUAACUAAAACAUUGUUUUAAUGUAUGAUGAUAUUUUUGUUACAUUAUAAUAUUUAUGUUUAAAAGAUAUGCGAUUGCAUUGAGUACAAGUAGUUUUUCUGUCAAAAUGGAAAAAACUAAUACAUUUAGUAAGAAAAUAUUAAGUACUUUAAUGACGCAUAUUAUUUCCAGGCUUUUGAAAGCCAAAUAAAAUUACCUUAUUUCCUUGAAUUGCCGCCAGGGCGCUAAUUGAUUCAAAACCUCUUCUCACUCCUGCGCUUACCAAAGGCAUGCAGUAAAAGUAAGCAUGCUCUAAUUAUUUUAAAACCUCUUCUCACUCCGGCACUUACCAAAGGCAUGCAGUAAAAAUUUGCUCUUAAUCCUCUUCCCUUUAUGCGAUUUCAAAUUACCGGUACUGAAAUCAGCCUCCUCCAUUUUGAAAAUGAUGACAGGGGAAGUGUCACUCAUGACGUCACAAGUUUGACCAGGUGGUAAUACUAAGCAUGCGCUAAUUAUUUCGCGAAGCGAGUUUGACCCGGUAGUAAUUCAAGGCAGGCGCAUACUAUAUGCCCUGCGGCAAUUCAAGGAAAUACGGUAUGUGGUGGGCCAGAUCUGGCCCCCGGGCCUUGAGUUUGACAUAGGUGAUCUAGAUGAGGGGUAUCAAACUCGCGACCCUCUGCUUAGCUUCAUAAAUUAGUUUAAUCGUGGACUGUACACUCUGUGCGGCUAAUAAUUAAAUAUAUUAAUAUAAUCUUGUAUCCCACUAGAACAGGCCUGGGCAAUUAUGUUGACUCGGGGGGCCAAAUUUUGAGACAAUAAUGUGUCUGGGGGCCGGUAUAUAUAUUUUUAGGAACAUUAAUACAAAACCUCACAAUGUCUGAAUGCUCAAAACGACAGACAGACCAGACCGCCUUAAAAACCGAAAUGGAAUUUUUUUUUGUGAAUGAGACACCCAGAAUGUACAUGAAAAUAAAUAAUGUGGGAGUUACAAUAUUAACUAUGAACGAUAAAACACUGAAGAUUAACAACAUAUGAAAGUCACACCACCUCUCGAUCGACAUAUUUUACAAUCAAGCAAAAUGCAGCAAAAAUGCAACAAACACAGCGAAAUAUGAACGCAAAGGGUAAAAAAAAAAGCAAACACCUACAAACUAAUACAUCUAAUAUAUCACUAAGCUUUAGAACUUUGCUGUAAAAAUCUCCUUCCCCGUCUGUCCCUGACACCCUCAUUUCCGGCUGGCCGCGCUGGAAACACUCUGGAAAUGCUCCCUACCCACACCUGCUUGGUGCCUCGUCUGAGCUGCUGUGACUUACAAACCCCGUUUCCAUAUGAGUUGGGAAAUUGUGUUAGAUGUAAAUAUAAACGGAAUACAAUGAUUUGCAAAUCAUUUUCAACCCAUAUUCAGCUGAACAACAUAUUUGAUGUUCAAACUUUUUUUUUUGCAAAAAAUAGUAACUUUCGAAUUUGAAGCCAGCAACACAUGACAAAGACGUUGGGAAAGGUGGCAAUAAAUACUGAUAAAGUUGAGAAAUUCUCCUCAAAUACUUAUUUGGAACAUCCCACAGGUGUGCAGGCUGAUUGGGAACAGGUGGGUGCCAUGAUUGGGUAUAAAAACAGCUUCGAUGAAAUGCUAAGUAAUUCACAAACAAGGAUCGGGUGAGGGUCACCAUUUUGUAAGCAAAUUGUCAAACAGUUUUAGAACAACAUUUCGCAACGAGCUAUUGCAAGGAAUUUAGGGAUUUUAUCAUCUACGGUCCAUAAAAUCAUCAAAAGGUUCAGAGAAUCUGGAGAAAUCACUGCACGUAAGCGAUGAUAUUACAGACCUUUGACCCCUCAGGCGGUACUGCAUCAAAAACAGACAUCAAUGUGUAAAGGAUAUCACCACAUGGGCUCAGGAACACUUCAUAAAACCACUGUCAGUAACAACAGUUGGUUGCUGCAUCUGUAAGUACAAGUUAAAACUCUGCUAUGCAAAGCAAAACCCAUUUAGCAACAACACCAAGAAACGCCGAUGGUUUCGCUUGGCCUGAGCUCAUCUAAGAUGGACUGAUGCAAAGUGGAAAGGUGUUCUGUGGUCUGACGAGUCCACAUUUCAAAUUAUAUUUGGAAACUGUGGACGUCGUGUCCUCCGGAAUAAAGAGGGAAAUAACCAUACGGAUUGUUAUAGGCGUGAAGUUCAAAAGCCAGCAUCUGUGAUGGUAUAGGGGUGUAUUAGUGUCCAAGGCAUGGGUAACUUACACAUCUGUGAAGGCACCAUUAAUGCUGAAUGGUCCAUACAGGUUUUUGAGCAACAUAUGUUGUCAUCCAAGCAACGUUAUUAUGGACGCCCCUGCUUAUUUCAGCAAAACAUUGCCAAGCCACGUGUUACAACAGCGUGGUUUCAUAGUAAAACAGUGCGGGUACUUUCCUGACCCGCCUGCAGUCCAGACCUGUCCCCCAUCAAAAAUGUGUGGCGCAUUGUGAAGCGUAAAAUACAACAGCGGAGACCCCGGACUGUUGAACUGAUGCUCUACAUAAAACAAGAAUGGGAGUGUACCCCGCCUUCCGCCCGAUUGUAGCUGAGAUAGGGGCCAGCGCCCCCUCGACCCCGAAAGGGAAUAAGCGGUAGAAAACGGAUGGAUGGAUGGGAGAGAAUUCCACUUUCAAAACUUCAACAAUUAGCUUCCUCAGUUCCCAAAUAUUUAUUGAAAUAAAAUGUGAUGUAACACAGUGGUGAACAUGCCCUUUCCCAACUACUUUGGCACAUGUUGCAGCCAUGAAAUUCAAAGUUAAUUAUUAUUUGCAAAAAAAAAUUUGUUUAUGAGUUUGAACAUCAAAUAUCUUAUCUUCGUAGUGCAUUCAAUUGAAUAUGGGUUGAAAAGGAUUUGCAAAUCAGGUGGCGACUUGUCCAGGGUGUACCCCGCCUUCCGCCCGAUUGUAGCUGAGAUAGGCGCCAGCGCCCCCCGUGACCCCGAAAAGGAAUAAGCGGUAGAAAAUGGAUGGAUGUAUUCCGUUUAUAUUUACAUCAAACACAAUUUCCCAACUCAUAAGGAAACGGGGUUUCUAGAUUACCAUGGUAACUAAUUAUAUUACCAUAGUAACUAGAAUACCAUGCAGAAGUGCAGAGUCCAACCAUUGAAAUACUUUGUAUAGUUCAAGAUUUACGGUCAUUUGAAAACAUCACUGCACAUCAGAAUGCCAGCUACAGUUUCUAUCUUAAAAAUCUAAAAAAAAAAAUUUUGGGGAAUGUCUGGCGGGCCAGAUUUAAAAGCUUAACGGUUUUAAUUUGCCCAGGUCUGCACUAGAAAGACCAUUAGCUACAAUACCCAUGCUAACACAAAAAUAACAAACAAGCAACCUCCUGGGGAAUGUAAUAGUGUCAGAAAAUACAAUUUGUUUUUAAUAAAAUUUUACAAUUAUAAUAACGCAGGGUCACUACAGCCGCUAGUAGAAGUAGUUGACUAAUUGAGUCUAGUGGUUAAAAGGUGAUUCUGAAGUAAAUACUUCAUGGAAGAAAUAAUUCAUUGAGCCCAUAUUUGACCUCCAGAGGCACUCAAGUCAAUAACGUUUGAGACCUCUGGUCGAGACUCGCACAAGUCUCAAAUCUCACAUGAACAAAUGUGAUCCGACAAAAUGGAAGGAGAAAAAACAUCGCAACAACCGUAAAAUUAGCCAAUAUAGAAAGGAGGGAGUGGUGGUUGUUAUAUUUUUGAAAGAAAAAAUAUUAUUGAUGUCGUAAACAUGAACUUAAUCAUCUAAUGAGCCAGGUCGAAAUACAAACUUUCUGAUCCGCGUUACAUUUUCAAAAACUGAUGACUCAGCCCCUUGUAGAAUUUUGGGCAAAAAUCUCUAACAAAGUCAAUAUUUACAACCUGCUUCGGAGAUAACUAGGGAUGUCUGAUAAUAUCGGACUGCCGAUAUUAACAGCCGAUAAAUGCUUUAAAGUGUAAUAUCGUAAAUUACCGGUAUUGCUUUCGAAAUUAUCGAUAUCAGUUUCAAAAAGUAAAAUUUAUGACUUUUUAAAAACGUCGCUGUGUAGACGGACGUAGGGAGAAGUACAGAGCACCAAUAAACUUUAAAAGGCACUGCCUUUGCAUGCCGACCCAAUCCCAUAAUAUCUACGGCUUUUCACACACACACACACACACACACACACACACACACACACACACACACACAAGUGAAUGUAAGCAUACUUGGUCAACAGCCAUACAGGUCACACAGAGGGUGGCAGUAUAAACAACUUAAAAACACUGUUACAAAUAUGCGCCACACUGUGAACCCACACUAAACAAGAAUGACAAACACGUUUUGGGAGAACAUCCGCACCGUAACACAACAUAAACACAACAGAACAAAUACCCAGAACGCCUUGCAGCACUAACUCUUCCGGGACGCUACAAUAUAUGCUAAACUCCGCCCACCUCAACCUCCUCGCUCUCUCUCAGGAUGUCCCAAAUUUCAAGCUGCUGUUUUGAGGCAUGUUAAAAAAAAAUAACGCGUUUUGUGACUUCAAAAAUAAAUAUGGCAGUGCCAUGUUGGCAUUUUUUUCCAUAACUUGAGUAGAUUUAUUUUGGAAAACCUUUUUACAUUGUUUAAUGCAUUCAACGGGGCAUCACAAAAUUAGGCAUAAUAAUUAAUUCCACGACCGUACAUAUCUGUAUCAGUUGAUAUCGGAAUCGGUAAUUAAGAGUUGGACAAUAUCGGCAAAAACGCCAUUAUCGGACAUCUCUAGAAAUAACUAUUGUGACUAUUAGACCACAAAACAUCCUUAUAAAAACAAAUUUAGUUAAGAUCAAAUUUAAAUAAGGUAAUGAAGGGUUUUUGUCUUGAACUCGAAAGGAUUACAACACCUAAAACUUUAAAUUUGUAGCUUUGAGACACAGCUGAAGUGUACGUUUAUGAUGAAUCAGCAAUAAGUUGCUUAAUGCAGUUCAUGUUUUCUACAGCGUCAAAAUGUUCUCUGACUGUUGCCUGUGUCUUUCAUUCUCUUCGUGUGUGACACUUCAUUAUCCUCCUUUUUGAUUGGUCACUUUAAACUCUGCUGUCUUUUGGUCACGGCCAACUGGAACCUGUAAAAUUAGUCUUUCAGCAAAAUAUUUAGUUAUUUAAUAUAUUUAACAUACAUGUUUUACCCCACAACCCAAUAAAUAAUGACAUUAACAUUUAUUGUGAUCAUGUAGUUGUCAUUAAAGAUGGAUUAUUCUCACUAACAAAAUGUUUUUCUGGAUAUAAUUGUAAUGUUACAUUAUAUAAUCAUACUUCAUACGAUAAAAGGUAGAUCAUUUAUCAAUGUUAUGAUGUCUUAAUACCAGUGUGGCGGCCUAACAUUGUGAUCAGAUUUGUGUUGUUUUUUUUAUUCAUUAAGAAUGAUUUAAUGUGUUAUUUUGUCUCAACUUUAGAUUCUGAAGACAAAUCUUCAAAACAGGUUCCUUCUGACUGUCUCUGGCAAGGAGUCAGUAGAGUUUGAAGUGACCAAUCAGGAAGGAAGGCAGUGUAUUUAAUGCCCGCCCCUAAGUGCCAAAGGUAAACCAAAACACAUAAACACAACAGCGCAAACAAUUUUGGGUUUUAUUUUGUCCCAGUUUAAGCAUCUUGCUGACCCGUGUAAUUUUACUUGUACAUAAAUGUACUUGUACAUACUUGUAGUCUACUUGUACAUACUUGUUAUUUUACACAUAUACACACUUGUGCAUACAUGUACUUGUACAUAAAUGUACGAAGUACUUGUAAUAGUAAAGAAAUAGCACAAACAAGUGAGUUUUGUCACAUUUUUACCAUUUUUUGAACAUUUCUAAAAUAUAUAUACUGUAUAUACUUAAGUUUGAAAUUAUACUUUUUAACAUAUAAUUCAACAAAGAAACUUAUAAAUCCUGUAUUACGCAUGUUGAGCUAUUUUAAUAUUCUUUGUUUUGUUGGCUUUUAGCAAACUACCUUAGCAAAUAUGAAAAUCAUAUUUAAUAUUAUAUAUGAGCAAGUGUUACUUCCCUUACUCCAGCUACAACUUCUCAUGUACUUUACAGUACUGCACAAAUGAAAUUGGACAUUCUUUAUGGUCGUCAGUGUGCAGCUUCAAUAGUGCUGAACUCCACCGUAGAAACUGGCAACUUUCUACUUUUUAAAUACACUGCUGUACACUGACUCCUCUAAACCAUAGUAGUAUUUCAGUAUUUGCUCGAAAUUACUUUUCUGUAUUAAAGAGAGAAGUACUACUCUUGUGUUCUACCUUGCAACAAUGCAGUAAAUGUUGACUUUGCAAGUAGCGCAGAAGUGAGUACACCUCUCUUUUCUUUUUGGGCGCACACGAAACAAUUUGAUCUCAUAUAGAAAAGUCAGUGUACAGCUUGUAGCCUAUUCCAAGUGAAAAGUGUGAGUUUUUAGUAUAAUAUUUCCCAGCACUGCCUUAAUCUUCCGUCACUGGACUUUACUUGAUCAAUGUGACUUUUCUUCAGUGUUAAAAGAUAGCAGUUAUUUGCAGGGUUGUACUCACUUUGGUGAGAUACUGCUGCGGUUACAGUAGUAUUGCAAAAAAAUUGUUCGAUGUGAUGGACGGAAUGUAGCCGACAUAUUUCAUGUAUCGCCCUUUUUUACCCAUGAAUGUACGUUAUUAGCAAAUAUGAUCUGUCUAUGCAAAGUUCUGCAACCAAAGGUAAUCGUCGACAAUCAGUAGACUGAAGAAUGAUCGAUAAGCAGUGUAUCAGAAAUGUAAAUAAGCAAUAAAACGAUGACAAAUCGUA